AUGAAUAUAAUGAAAAGACAGUUAUGUUCUUUCCCCAACCGAUUUUUUUCCACAGCAAAGAACGUCAUCAAAUACAACACGAUUCAGGAUAUCAGGAACAAAUACAUUACUGGUACGCCUUUGUCCAUGUGCACUGCAUAUGACUUCAUUACUGCUACGUGGGUUAACAGGGCCAAUUGUGAUUUACUCUUAAUCGGAGAUUCUUUGGCGAUGACUUCAUUGGGGUAUGAUAGCACAAUUACGCUUUCAUUGAAUGAAUUCAAAUACCAUGUCGCCUCUGUGUGCAGAGCCGAAGGUUCUUCCAUGGUGGUGGUAGACAUGCCAUUCGGUACGUUUGAGUCAGGCAUAUCUGAUGGCUUAAAAAAUGCCAUAGAUAUCAUGAAAUUGCACAGCAAAGUCACCUCUGUCAAAGUAGAAGUUGGUUCGUACACCAAAGACAAAUAUACGAUGAAAUUUAUUGAAGAGUUGUGCUCCAGGGGUAUCCCUGUUAUGGCUCAUAUAGGAUUAACGCCGCAAAAAGUUCAUUCGCUUGGAGGCUAUAAAGUGCAAGGUAACAAAAGUCUGUCACAAAUGCAGGAGUUGUACGAAACAGCCAUGCAUCUACAAAAAAUUGGCUGCUGGUCUAUUCUCAUUGAAUGUGUCCCUCAUAAAAUGGCUCAAUUCAUAACAUCCAAACUUUCCGUACCAACAAUAGGUAUCGGCGCAGGUAAUGGUACUAGCGGACAAGUUUUGGUUAUAUCUGACCUUCUUGGGAUGCAAGGUGAUUCUGUCCCAAAAUUUGUCAAGCAAACUGUAAAUAUGUCAGAUAUUGCGACUCAGGGCCUAAAGGAGUACAUAGCAAAUGUAGAGGAUGGAACAUUUCCCGAAAGAGGUACUCAUACUUUCAAAGUUAAAGAGGAACUUUGGAAUGAAUUUCUCUCUUCAAUUAAUGAAAAAUAA